AUGGAAUUUGUGACAGGCCUGGUGCACCUCCAAGAGGAGUCUAGCUGCCCCAUCUGUUUGGAUUACUUGAAAGACCCAGUGACUAUAAACUGCGGGCACAACUUCUGUCGCUCCUGCAUCAACAUGAUGUGGAAGGAUCUAGAUGAUACCUUCCCCUGUCCUGUCUGUCGUUUUUGCUUUCAUAACAAAAGCUUCAGGAGCAAUCGCCAGCUCAGUAAUCUGACUGAAAUUGCUAAAAGACUGCAGGUCCGAAGGAGCAAGAGGAAAAGGCAGGAGUAUUCUAUGUGUGAGAAGCACAAUCAGUUUCUGACCCUCUUUUGUGGGAAGGACCUAGAGGUUUUAUGUACACAGUGCAGUUUCUCUGUUCAACACCAGAAACACUAUAUUUACCCCAUUAAGAAAGCUGCCACCUUUCACAGGAAAAUUCUAGAAUAUAGCAUUGAGCCCUUGAGGGACAAUGUGGAACGAGUUGAAAAAGUGUUAAGUCUUCAAACCAGCAAAAUAGUGGACCUGAAAAAGAAGGUAGAGGACAGGAGAGAAGAAAUCAUUUCCGAAUUUGAGCAAAUCAGACAGUUUCUACAGAAUCAGCAAGAGGCUCUUCGUAGGCAGAUGGACGAUGAAGAGAGGGACAUUCUAACAAAACUAAACGAGAACCAGAGAACAUUUUCAGGUCACGUUUCCACAUUAAAACAUCUGCUCAAGGAGGUAGAGUGCAGGUGUGUGCAGUCAGAACUGGAAUUACUGACCCACGUUAAGGGUAUCUACAACAGGUAUCAAAACCUAACAUACCCUGAGCUCUUCGUCUUCCAGUUAAAGAAAUACGGAUUUAGUCUUCCUCCACAGUAUUCUGGCUUGGACAGAAUUAUCAAGCCAUUUAGAGCAGAUGUGAUGCUUGAUCUUGAAACAGCACACCCUCAGCUUAUUGUGUCUGAGGAUAGGAAAAGUGUGCGAUAUGGAAACAAAAAAAAGCACCUUUGUUACAACCCGAGGAGAUUUUAUCUCUGCCCUGCUGUCCUGGGCUCGAGGAGCUUUAAUUCUGGCCGGCAUUACUGGGAGGUAGAAGUGGGAAACAAACCUAAAUGGACCUUGGGGGUGUGUCGAGACCGUUUUCCCAGGAAUUGGAGGACUUGGCCUGUAGUUGAGGGUGGAUUCUGGGCAAUUGGGCGAUACAUUGAAAGCAUUUAUGUUAUACUGGGUGGUAAGAGAACCCAACUUCUGCCUGUAGUAAGACCCAGUAAGAUUGGCAUUUUUCUGGACUGCGAGUUGGGUGAAGUUUCCUUUUAUAAUAUGAAUGAUAGAUCUCUCCUCCAUAAUUUUAAUGAUUCUCUUAUAGAAGCUGUGUGUCCCUAUUUCUAUAUUGGAGUAGAUUCUGAACCUCUUAAAAUCUCUUCAGUAACAGAUGAUGAGCGAUGA